AUGAAAACAAUUAAUUUGAUAUUCAUAAUUACAACAAUCUUAACAUCGAUAGUAGAUAUUUUUACAAAUGCUGCGAUAAUCUCAAAAGAAUCCUCGGGAUACAUAAAUAUUAAAAAAACAUUUAUUGCAGAAAAACCUUUAGAAUACAAUGGAACACAAAUCCGUAAAUAUGACUUUAAUGUGGCCAAUAAAAUGUUAGCUCCAGAUGGUUAUAUGCGGGAAAUGACAGUCAUAAAUGGCGAAUAUCCCGGUCCAACGAUUCAUGUAAAUAAAGGAGAUAAAAUUAUUGUCAAUGUGACGAAUGCAAUUGGAGCUCACUGUACAAUUCAUUGGCAUGGCCUAUUUCAGACGGGAACUAAUUGGUUUGAUGGCGUUCCUGGCAUAUCGCAAUGUCCAAUUCCAAAUGAAAAAAGCUAUUCCUAUGAAUUCGAAACUGGUAGUCAAAAGGGGACUUUUUGGUAUCAUAGUCAUUUUUCCACUCAGGCUGUAGAUGGUAUGGUUGGAGCCUUUAUAGUCCACGACCCCGAGGAUCCAUAUAUUAAUGAAUAUGACGAAGAAUUUAUCAUUAAUAUCAGCGAUCAUUUCCAUACUCAAUCAGGUAAAUUGAUAGCCCUUAGAUUACAACCAAAUUAUACAGGCUUCAAUCCAGUACCUGAUGCAGGUCUUAUAAAUGGUGCAACUCAAAUAGACUGUAGUAAAUUAAAAGAAAAAGAAAAAGAAAAUUGUGACACUAAAAAUGGUAUAUCUAGAUUUAUUUUUGAGCAAGGUAAAACUUAUCGACUUCGUAUCAUUAAUUUUAGUGCUGAAUCCCCAUUCACCUUUUCUAUUGACGGCCAUCUUCUUAAAAUAAUCGAAGUUGAAGGAACUUAUGUCGAACCAAAUUAUGUCAGUCAUCUUUACUUAAAUGUUGCUCAACGAUAUUCUGUUAUCGUCAAAGCAGAUCAAAGAGUUGACACUUAUUGGAUGCGUGCAAAUCGUGCAGCAGAAUGUCUCGUAACUCCAAACAACCAAACAAUUAAUUUCGAUUCACCAAUCAAUAAUAAUGUCACAGCAUUAAUUCAGUAUGAUAAUGCUCCACUGAAAACUCCAGUCAGCGAAAUGUUACCUUAUGACAAUGAUUUUCUUCAAUGUGAAGAUCCAUCUUGGGAAAAAUUAAGACCAUCAAAAGAAAUUGAAAAAGAUCUUCCGUCUUUUACAGGACCUGCAACAAGUCUUUUUAAUUUCCAAUUUAAAUUUGGUGUUAAUCUACAAAAUGUCAGUCUAGUAUACGUUAACAAUGUUUCAUUUAUUCCACAUCUUAAUUUACCCACUGUUCAAAAACUUUUUGAUGGAAUAAAUCCUCGAGAAUUGGCAAAAUCGGAGAAUAAAUACCUGAUUGCUUCGAAUGGAACUGUAGAUGUAAUAAUCGUAAACGACAACGGGGCUCAACAUCCUUUUCAUCUUCAUGGUCAUAAAUUUGGAAUUAUAACUGAAGGAUAUCUUUUAGAUGGAAAACCAACUUUUAAUGAAACCACACGUUACAAUUUUGAAAAUCCAGUAAUUCGUGAUACUGCAAGUGUACCUCCGUUCAAGUAUUUUAUAAUAAGAUUUAAUGCGACCAAUCCUGGUGUUUGGCCAUUACAUUGUCAUAUUAAAUGGCAUAUUGAAAUGGGUAUGCUAAUUCAGUUUAUUGAACGACCAGAUGAUUUAUUAAAGCUUGAAUAUCCCAUAGCUGCUAGAGAUUUGUGUCAUGGAAUCAUAGAAUAA